AUGGAGAAAGAGGCUUUAGCCUUAACCUCGGCCGCGGAGAAGUUUGACGAAUAUAUCUGUGGUCUGCGCUGUACCUUCGAAACUGAUCACAAACCGCUUGUCGCCCUCCUCGGUCUCCAGCAGCUGGAUCAGCUACCACUAAGAAUUCAGAGGUUUCGGCUGAGACUAAUGAGAUACGAUUACGACGUCACCUAUGUACCCGGUGCGUCCAUGACAAUAGCCGACGCUCUUUCGCGUUCUCCGCUGAAGGACACCACGUCAUCCCUUACUGCCGAUGAAGUUUCGGCAUUCGUACGUGGAGGAAUCGAGGCGAUCCCGGACUCCGACAAAUUGCUAGACCGUAUCCGGGAAUUUCAGAAAAAAUAUGAAGUGUGUAGCACAAUAAGAGAGUAUUGCAAAACGGGAUGGCCCCCCAAAGGGCGAAUUAACCAGGCACUACGUCCUUAUUACGAACAAAUGGCAAAACUCUCAGUGUGUGAAGACGUCCUACUGUGCGGCCAGCGUAUCGUAAUUCCCAUGUGUCUGCGAGAAGAAAUUCUGGGUCGCAUACACGAGGGACACCAAGGAAUUGUUAGAUGCAGACAGAAAGCGAAGGAGUCUAUCUGGUGGCCGGGUAUCAGCAAGGAGCUCGCGGACCUUGUUAGAGCCUGUUCCGUCUGCGAGGAGUACAGACUUCAGCCGUCAGAACCCAUGAUCCCAACGGAGACACCUCCCCUCCCAUGGGAAAAGGUCGGAGUGGAUCUAUUUCACCUAGGGGGAAUCGAAUACGUCCUGGCAGUGGACUAUCGGUCCAGAUACCCAGAAGUGCUACCUCUGUCGAAUGAUUGGUCUUCACGAGCUGUCAUUUUACGCUUAAAAAGCAUCUUCGCGAGGCACGGCAUUUCCCGAGAAGUGGUAACGGACAACGGUCCUCAGUUUGCAAGUGAAUAA